AUGUAUCUAGUCGCACCAGCCUUACUUAAGAAUGUUCGUCUAGUCGACACUUAUCGGAUUCAUGCUGGGCAAAGUUUUGUGGUCGAGGUGCCCUUCGAGGCAUGUCCGAAACCAAGUAUCCGAUGGCAGGUGAACGGAGUAGCCGUGAUCCCCAGCUCAAAAAGAUACCACGUCGACACAGUAUGCGGAUUGACUUCCCUGUCGGUACAACGCUCGCAACGUGAGGAUGCUGGACAAGUGGAUGUGCUGAUCCAGAAUAACUACGGAAGUCUCAACUGGGUCUGCGAAUUGAUUAUUCUUGGUGAGCGACUUUGCCUAAGAGAGGUGGCUUAG